GGGCGUGGCUUCCGCGACCGGCCACGCCUCCUGAAUAAAGCGCCGCACGCGGAGCCCGAGCAGCUGAUGAAGCGCACAAGCACAGCUUUACCGCUCGUCGACUGAAGAUCCGCCGAUAUUUCCAUCGCCUCGCAUCGCUGAUGAGCUCGCAGCAGAGCCGUGAUGACCGACGUGAUGAUCAGCGCCGCACCGAUGGACGACAUGAGGCUCAGUCCCAGCAAAGAACGCCUGACCUUCCAGAUCUUUCCGGAUCCCUCAGACUUCGAGCGCUGCUGUAAGCUGAAGGAUCGUCUGCCGUCUAUCGUGGUGGAGCCGACGGAGGGCGAGGUGGAGAGCGGGGAGCUGCGCUGGCCUCCCGAGGAGUUCCUGGUCAGCGAGGAGGAGGAAGAGUGUGACGGAAACCUGCAGAACGGACAGAUGCAGAACUCUCAGCACUAGAGAGGAACCGAAUGACUCUCUCUCUCUCUCACACACACACACACACACACACUGAUUCCCAGGCACAGAAUACACGAUCACACCAACGCACACAGAACAACUGAUCCACUGGCAUCCGUUCUCUCGGACCAUGAGCCGGACUUCAAUCCCACCAGAGUGUGUGUGUGUGUGUGUGUGUGUGUGUCAGAAGAUUAUUCUUCAUGAUGAUGGUGAUGGUCUGUCCUGCACUCAUUCCUGUUAUUUACAUGCUUUUCUGAAUAACACCAAUCUUCCUGAUGUGUUUGUAUGUGGAUGUGACUGUAAAUAUUCUGAAGAUGAAUGACAGGUGAGACGUCUUUAGUCUGCAUCAGUCCUGAAUUCUGUAGGAGAACCGCAGCCGUCUUCCUUUCGUCUGGUAUAGAUGUAUUUGUCCACAGCAGGACCAUGGAUCCUGCGUCUCCGUCUGUCUGUUUGUAUGCAGUAUAUAUAUGUGUGUGUGUGUGUGUGUGUAGAUGUCAGUGUUUGUGCUGCAGGUCCGUCACAGAAUCACUUCCUGUCUGUUCAUCUGUAAAGACUCAGGGAGUUUGCUCUUAUUUUGUAUGUACGCCGCUUCCUCUCUGACUGACAGAGGCUGUAAAUAAACCAUUUGAAAGUGCUUUACAAA